UUAGGGCUGGGCAACGAUUAAAAAUUGUAAUCAGAAUAAAUUGCACUAUUUCUCUGAUUAAUCACGAUUAACUGCAUUGAAUACGCAAAACCCAAUAAUGAAUUCAAAAGUAGUGUGUAGUGCACCUUUAUUGGAAUAUUCUCCCAUAUGAACAAAAGCGCCAAAACAUUUGUUGUGCAAACACAAUUUAAAUCAGUACUUGUUAAACAGUAGCAGUUAAAUAGCAUAUUUUAUGAAAAUCAACUCCAAAAAUGUAAAUACAAACAUUUAAGCUUAUUGCCACUGCCAGUGUGCUUUGCGUUAAGGUGAUAUUUAGACUGGAAGUACUCCUGUGAUAAGAAAAUUCAGCUCGGCAGUGGCUACAAACCACUUUGCUUCUGUCAAAUCCGCCGCCUGGAAGUACUUUAUAAUGAAAAUGACUCUGUAAAAGUUCUGUUGAGUUACCCUUCUUCUCCAUGCUUGUUUUGUUUUCUUCCGCGUUCUCCUUCCUUUUCCGCAGGAGCCAGCAAUAGGCGUUAACAAAAUAAAAGCAUGUAAACAACAUACUCAAAUGCGCGAUAAAAUAAUUGUCGGCGUUAAUAGAUUGAUGGGUUAACUCAAAAUUAACGCAUUAACUUGCCCAGCCCUAAUAUUUAUACAGUUUUGCAGUUGGUGUACUUAUAUAGAUAUUUGUGAUUAAAUAAGCAUCUAAAUAAUUUUGAUAUUGAAAUCACUACACUGUUGUUUUUUUUAAUAAUUAUUUAUUACAACCGUGUGCUGUCUCAGAGUUAUCUCUGAUCAUGUUUACUCAGCUGAUUUCACAGAUAAUCGGCGAUCGCAUUGCUUUAAGUCUGCAUAUAAAUUUCAUAGCAAAUUAAAAAAGGAAGUUUGCCAAACAUCCUGCGGUAAAGCCAUAUUUAUAUAUAUAUAGCAGCGAUGGUGAGCGUCACUAUUGAAAACAAUAUCUUAUAAUUGUUUCAUUGCUCUGAUGUGGGAUCUGAGCCGAGGAUGUCGUUCUGGCUCGUGCAGCCCUUUGAGACACUUGUGAUUUAGGGCUAUAUAAAUAAACGUUGGUUGAUUGAUUGAUUGAUUGAUGGUUUCUGACUUAUAUAUUAGACCUUGUGUGGAGGAUGGAGGACAGUAGUGUUUAUUCCACACAUACACACAGAGAAAAGGGAAAUGAAAUAAUACAUGGCUUUAGUGUGUCUCCAUGUCUGAUUGGCUGCCCUCCCUCACUGUGAGGCAGUGACAAUCAUAUAUUAUGAGUCACAGCUGAGCUGGAGCAGGCUGCCAUUCCUCUAUAUUCUCAGCCAUAUAUGUCCAACAACACCAACAACACCCGCUUCCAGGAAAACUCUUUCUUCUCUUCUGCUACGACAUCCCUCCCUUCCCCUUCCCUCUCUCCCCCUCCUUCCAUCCUCUUCCCCUUCACCCUUCCCCAGUCGCCGUCUCCCCAUCCCUCUCCUCCUCCUCCUUCGCUGCGGGUGUCUGGGAGGCUGUUUUUCCUCUGUCUCUCGCUCAUGAAGGGCCGCACUAAGCUCCCUUCUCUCUGCCCAUGUGUGAAGUACAGGUACCAGGAUGAGGAGACGCCCCCCUUGGAGCACAGUCCAGCACAUCUGGCUCCAGGGAAAAGUGCCGAAAUGCUUCACAUGAGCGACAAGAAUCUUGCUGCCAUGGAGGCCAUACAUGGCUACACACCACACACGCAUAUCUCUCCAGUCAAGCCAGUGUUGAUGUCUACAGGACACACUCCAAUGUACACCUCUGCUGUUUCCACGCUGGGAAAUAGUCCGCCUGUGGUAGUGAACACGGACACACUGGAUGGAUCGCCAUAUGUGAAUGGAACAGAAGGGGAAAUCGAGUAUGAAGAAAUUACACUGGAGAGAGGGAACUCAGGCCUGGGCUUCAGCAUAGCUGGGGGAACAGACAAUCCCCACGUGGGCGAUGACCCGAGCAUCUUUAUCACCAAAAUCAUACCUGGAGGAGCAGCGGCUCAGGAUGGGCGCCUUAGUGUGAACGACUGCAUACUAUUUGUGAAUGAUGUUGACGUGAGGGAGUGUACGCACAGCCAGGCAGUGGAAGCUCUAAAGGAAGCAGGUGCUAUCGUCCGGCUCUACGUUCUCCGCCGGAAGCCAGCAGCAGAGAAAAUUACUGAGCUCAAGCUUAUCAAAGGGCCUAAAGGUUUAGGUUUCAGUAUUGCUGGAGGAGUGGGAAACCAGCACAUACCAGGGGAUAACAGCAUUUAUGUCACCAAGAUCAUCGAAGGCGGUGCAGCACAUAAAGAUGGACGUCUGCAGAUUGGGGAUAAGAUUUUAGCGGUGAACCACGUGUGUCUGGAAGACGUCAUGCACGAGGAUGCUGUGGGGGCUCUGAAGAACACAGCCGAGGUGGUGUACCUCAGGGUGGCCAAGCCCAACAACCUGUUCCUGACAAACUCCUACAACCCUCCCGACCUCACCAAUACGUAUUCUCACAUGGAUACUGAACUCAGCCACCCCAACUACCUUGGCUCAGAUUACCCACAAGCUCUCACUCCCACCUCGCCUAGUCGCUUUUCGCCUGUUCUGCACGGCAUGAUGGGAGAUGAUGACAUCCCCAGAGAACCUCGCAGGGUUCUGAUCCACCGAGGCUCCACCGGUCUUGGAUUCAACAUCGUUGGAGGGGAAGAUGGAGAGGGGAUUUUUAUCUCUUUCAUCCUGGCAGGAGGGCCAGCUGACCUCAGCGGGGAGCUGCACAAGGGCGAUCAGAUCCUCAGUGUGAAUGGAGUGGACCUGCGUAUGGCCACGCACGAGCAGGCGGCUGCAGCAUUGAAAAAUGCUGGCCAGACGGUAACCAUCAUCGCUCAGUACAGACCAGACGAGUACAGUCGUUUUGAGGCAAAGAUUCAUGAUUUGAGGGAGCAGCUGAUGAACAGCAGUAUGGGCUCUGGGACGACCACGUUAAGGAGCAACUCAAAAAGAGGCUUCUACAUCAGGGCUCUAUUUGAUUAUGACAAGACGGCAGACUGUGGAUUCCUCAGUCAGGCAGUUGGCUUCAAGUUCGGAGAUGUGCUCCAUGUGUUGGACUGCGGGGACGAGGAGUGGUGGCAGGCGCGCAAGGUCAGCCCCCAGAACGAGGAUGAGGAGGUUGGCUUCAUCCCUAGCAAACACAGGGUGGAAAGAAAAGAGUGGUCUCAUGUCAACACCAAAGAGAGGGAUCAUGGCCGGGACACUUUGGGAAUGCAAGGGAGAGAUAAAACCUCACACAGUUAUGAGACAGUCACCCAAGUGGAAGUUCACUAUGCCAGGCCCAUCAUCAUUCUGGGUCCCGUGAAAGACAGGAUAAACGAUGACCUGUUGUCUGAGUUCCCUGAUAAGUUCGGCUCGUGUGUCCCACACACCACACGACCCAAGAGGGAGUAUGAAGUGGAUGGGCGGGACUACCACUUUGUGUCAUCGCGUGAACAGAUGGAGAAAGACAUUCAGAGCCAUCGCUUCAUCGAAGCCGGCCAGUACAACAGCCACCUGUACGGCACCAGCGUCCAGAGUGUCCGCGAGGUGGCUGAGCAGCAAGGGAAACAUUGUAUUCUGGACGUGUCGGCCAAUGCUGUACGGCGACUACAAGCCGCUCAGCUUCAUCCUAUCGCCAUCUUCGUCCGGCCUAAGUCACUGGAGAAUGUCUUAGAGAUUAACACUCGCCUGACAGAGGAGCAGGCCAGGAAAGGAAUGGACAGAGCUCUCAAACUAGAACAAGACUUCAUCGAGUGUUUCUCAGCUGUUGUGGAAGGGGACAGCUUCGAAGAGGUCUACCACAAAGUAAAGACAGUGAUCGAGGAGCAAUCAGGGCCUUACAUUUGGAUUCCCACCCGGGAAAGGCUGUGAUGCCCUCCCGUCCUCCAUAAGCCGCCACCAACCGACACCGCCCUACACCGCCAAGCCAGCCUCGCCUGCCGGGCCGUCCUCCGCAAAAGUCAGUGCUUUGCUGAAGAAGACAACAAAAACAAAGAUAUGACACAGGAAAAAAGCUGAGAGACAGACACUGAUGUGUAAUUAGACUGGAACGGACCAGUAUUAGCAUUCGUGUUCACACUUGGCAUUAAAAAGCCGAAACUUUCAGAGGAGAAGUACCAAUCAGUUUUUGCUUCGUGGCGCUAUUGAAGACAUAAAUGAGCUUUUUUUGUUAGAUUAACGCAAACUGCAGAUGCAUUUUGAUGUCAAGUGUGAGCUGGUCCAUGCAGAGAUGAAAAGGAAGGACAGGCUGACCCAGCAGGGAUGGACCCUGAGGUGCCCCCUUUUUAUAUCACCUGUUGGCUUUCUGUCCUCCUAUCAGCUCUGCCUUGGUUUAGGACGGUCAAGGUCCAAACACCGUGCCCAUAUCCUGCUGAGUCCUCCUUAACUCGGAGGGGGGGGGGAAACUCAGUGACGGAUGACCCGUCAAAUACCGCAAUUAUUCAAAGGAAAAUGAUUAUUCGGGGAAGAUAGCGACUAUGCUGAAUUUGUGCAUGCAUUCUCAAAGACAAUGUAAGGAUGGGGCACAAAACACUGUAUGUAAAAAUCCUUUAAAAAAAAAAAAAGGCAAGCAGGGAAGAGUUUGAAGCAUGUUUUAUGAUGAAAAGGAGAUAUGCGGUCAUGUGACGUGGUCACUUGUGAGUAGAGCAGAAACUGACGCACAUUUUAGCCUCUUAUGUACACACACACACACACACGCCUACACGCACACUUGUGCACAGACAAAACACACAUAAUGUAACCUCAGCUGCACAGGUGGGAGAGGAUUGGCUCUCCUGGUCACCAAACCCUGGAUGAAUGUUAUCUCUCUGGGCUUGAACGCACCGCCACCGACCGACUCACCCGUCACUCUUCCGAAGCGAUCCCUCAAGCCACAGACAUUCACACUGUUUUCCAGUGGUCGCGCUAAAAGCCAUGGUGUCAUGGUAUUUGUGUGUGAGUGAAUGUGUGUGUGCGUGCGUGCGCGUGCGUGUGUGUGUGUGUGUGUGUGGAAACACCUCUGUGUGGGAGGUACAGGUCUUCUUUUACUCUAUCGCUUUCAGUUCUACUCUGCUUUUUCCCUCUUGUGACCACACCGAUUCAAGCUCAGUCACAAAUAAAUGGUCUAUAUAUAUAAAAAUAUAAAUAUAUACACAUAUAUCUUUUUUAUGACAAUUUCUAACAGGACUAUAGUCUGUAAAAAUAGAAGAAAGAAAAAAACAAUCUCCAAACACGUAUCCAUUAGUUCCUUUGGUUGAAUUUGCGGUUUGGUUUGAGGAAUUUACUCACACUUCUAUUUUAUUGCAGACAGAAAUGUCAACAAAGUUGACCUCACUUACGUUGGAAAGCAAUGGGGGGAAAGUACAAUGCAGAUGUGUGUGCAUCAAAUAUUGAAAUAUAAAUGAUCCUUUAUGAGAAUAUAUCUCCUAUAUGAUAGCCACAAUCAGUGUUAAUGUGUAAUAAAUACAUGAUGUGUGUGUACGUCCACCAGAGAGAGAGAGAGGGGGUGAGACAUGCACAUAAAGAUGUAGUGCAAUACUGCUAUGAUGUUAUGCAAUGAAGGUUUUGUGUGUCCAGAUAUCAAAUUAUUUAUUGCACUGACGGCAUUGUGUGCCACAGGGUUAAACAAACAAAAAAUAUGCUGAAAAGCAAAAAGGAUUUUAGAGAUUUAUGAGCAUGUUUUUGUGUUGACUUCUUUUUCAUUUUAUUGCUGAAUUCUAAGAGUGGAGGUAUUGAAGUAUCGAUUGAUCGGUCAUAUUUAUUGUUGAUUUUCGCUCACUGGCGGAACAGCUGAAGCUUGUGAAUGACACGUAUCAAUUUUUUGUUUAUUUUUGGAAUUUGUCAGUCUGUAUCAAGUCUGUAUAUUUUUGUAUUAUUUC